CACAUUGUAUCAGCUAAAGCUUUGUUUUAAAAGAAAGUUCAAAUCUUAUUUUUUACAGAGAGGUGUCUCAUUUGUGGAAUUUAAAAUUACUGGGAUAGAACCUAAGAAAAAUCUUUCAGAAUGCUGUUAUUGGUAGCUGUUGCCGCAGUUCUUUUGGCGAACGCGGAGUGCUUUACACCUCGAGAUGCCAACAACUAUAUCGAUUAUGUUCUGACCAGUAACUUCGCAAGUGAAGUCCAGUACAGCAGAUUGGAUCCAAUAAAGCUUCCUGAUAUUAAAAUUGACCUCAUAAGCAAAAGAGUUUGGGACAAUAAAGCUACACUUACCAAAGGAGAGUUGCACAAUCUCUCUAAAGUAAAACGAGUCCGUGAUUGCUCUGUUCCACAUUGGUCAUCGGCUAAUAUCACUUUUAUCUGCACUCUUGGUUUCAAAGAGCUGAUAGUUAACUACACAGCAAAUGUUUCAUAUGAUAACAUGCAGCUGAUUUUCUAUCCUGUCACUUCCAUUACAGAAGGUUUGGUAACAAUCCAGAUUACUUCAUCGAAAUAUGAAAAUAUUCCAAGUUUAAGGCUUCUUAUUGUUAACAGUGUAGGAAAAAUGUAUGUUACCUCCAGAAUGAUCAGUGUUGGAGAUGUUUCACAGAUUGUAGGUCCUCAAAUUCGAGAUGCUAUAGUUGAAGCCAGUACUACUAAUCUACAUAAAAUUUUAACUGGGCGCUUUAAAGAAGCUCUUGGUUAUAGUAUUUACAAAACACCUGUGCCAUUUGUUUAAUAAAUUUAAAAAUAUAAAAAUGUGUAAAAUUAAAAGUCACUCCAGUAGUUUGCAGACUGGGUUUCAUCAUACGUCUGUAACUUAUCUGUUAUGAUUCUUGUAAUCUUUUCACUUAAUGUCGAAUUGAGAAAAUAAAAAUGGCAUUGGUUAUGAA